AUGGGCUACGUAAAAUUCGAGUUGAAUCUUCAAUCAGCUAGCAAUCUUCAAAACAUACGACGACUAUUUGGGAGGAUGAAAGUUUACGCAAGGGUUACAGUUAACGACGACGGCAGUACACUGAUUAAAACUCCGGUCGACAAGACCGGCGGUACUAAUCCUGUAUGGGAAUUUCAGGCCAAGUACAUCAUAAACAAAUCGGCCUUCCGUCCGCAAGAUGACACCAUGCUUACCAUCAGGUUAUAUUAUAAGCGGUCUCGCGGCGGCGAUGGGUAUAUCGGUGAGGUUAGGGUUCCGCUGAAGGAACUUUUUCAACGUUCAAAUCAAGAUCACAUUCACUCAGCUAGCAAUACCAAAGACUUACGACGACUAUUUGGCAAGAUGAAAGUCUACGCAAGGGUUAAAGUUAAAGACGACGCCAAUACAGUGGCUGAAAAUCCGGUCGACAUGAACGGCAAAACAAAUCCUGUCUGGAACUUUCGAGCCAAAUACAUCUUAAGCAAAUCGGCCGUCCAGCGAGAUGGCACCAUGCUUACUGUCAAGUUAUACUAUCGGCGGUCUUUCGGCCGCGAUGGGUACAUCGGCGAGGUCCGUGUUUUUAUUGUGAAAACUAUUGGGAUGAAAAAUACACAAUGA